AUGAAGAUAGUUUGUAUAUUUACGUUAGUACUUUUGUAUUUUAAAUGUGUCAAGGCAACUAAAGGGCAAGAAUUAGAAAACUGGAACGGAUUAAUCCAAGAUAUUUGUGCAAUUAACCUUGAUGUCGAAUCACGAAAAACUGCGAGAAAAUCACUCAAACUAGGCGUGUUGUAUAAUAAGAAAAGAUCUGGUGAAUUGUCUGUGAAACUGAAAGAUAUUGUGACUUCGUUUCAAGCGGAAUUUGACUUUUCUAUAGAUAAUUUAAGGUGUGUUUAUAAAUUGAGUGAAUUUGAGCCGAAAAUUGGUGAUAACGAACAAUUAUUGGAAAUUGUAAAUGAGUUUGAAAUUUUUGAACAUAAAUCGAAUAAUUUAUCUUAUAACUAUAAUAUGUUAAAUAAGAGCCUGAUGGAGAUUAAUAAAGUGUCAAAAAGUAUCUAUGACAUUAUUGAAAAUGAUGAUAGAUUAUCUAAUGCGAUCAUACUUGAUAAAGAAACUGUUCUUUAUAAAUCUGGUAGAGAAAGUGAAACAGAUUUGGACCAAUCAGACACCAGUGAAAUGAAAUAUAAUGAUAAGGAUUAUUAUGAAAAAACAGGCUGCAAAAGAAGUGAACUAUGUGGAAAGGUAAAGUUGCUUAAUAGUGAAAUUAAUAAGUAUAAUAAAAUUUUAAGAGAAAAGAAAAUUAAUAUCGAAUCAUGGCAAGAUUAUGUCCAACAAAUGAACGCAUUAAAUGAAAAAUUGCUAGAUUUUAUAGAAUUUUGCAUAAUAAAUUAUAGAUCAGUAAGGGAUGAGAUUGAAAAGAGGAAGGAUGAAGCAAAAUUCGACGAUACAAUUGGACAAUUGUAUAGUAGUCUGGAUUUUUUAACUAAAAAAGGUGUAGUUAAGAAAGAAAAAGAGGAAAAAAAGUGUAAAGAGGAUGAAGAGGAGAAUGGAGAAUUGGUAUCUGACGAAUAUAAAGAGGAAUCCGGCGUAGAAACAGGAAGGAACUUAAAAGAAAAUGGGUUUUAUACCAAUAAAUUGUAUAUCAUAUUUUCAGUGGUAUUAAUUUCAAACUAUUUGAUAAAUUGA